AGAAAGUCUUUCAGGGAUCUGUUAAUACAUCGUGACCAGAGCCACAAAGGGCGCGGCAGUGGUGAGGCAAGACGGGGUAGGAACAUCAUUGUGACGGCGAUGGGCAGCCUUGCACGGAAGAGAGGGCAAAAAGGGCGUGACUUAGCAGCUGAUGAAAAGUGGGGGAUGGACAAGGGGUCCCUCAAUCCAACUGGCCCAUGGCACCCAAGCUUGAGGCCGGAGAGAGGACCCCAACGUAGGGGACGCAGGCGCCCCUCGCUUCCGCUGCCUGCCGCCCUCCCUCCAGCUUUGGCCCUCCCGGCCAAUACGCGUGCACCCGCCCGGCCAGGCUGGGCGCGCGCCCGGACAGUCUUGCGCAUGCGCGGCGUCCCGGGUGCAGGUAACCCACAAGACUAGAGCGAGCCUUCCCCCGGUGUGCGCCUGCGUCGUGGGGAGGCGCCCAGGUGGGGCGGGGCUUAGGCGCCGCGCGCGCCCUCGGUCUCGCCCCAACGUUUUUCUGGCGGGAACGGCGCACGUGUACCUUCUUCCCGAGCAACUGCCGUUGGAGCUCUUGGAGCAGACCAUCCUUUACCAGUCCCUCCCAGUGAUGGGGGCAGGCUAUUAGUUUCUCCAGCAGCUGUGGAGCGACCAGGGUGGCCCAUGGAUGUCCCAGAGGGCCGGGCGGGUGGCCCCGCUGCAAAAAUGUAUCUCUGGGACCAGCUGGAGGAGGGGAGCCUGGGGACGCUGCUGAGCUUAGAGGAGCAAAUACUCAACUCGACGUUCGAAGCUUGUGACCCCCAGAGGACAGGUAUCGUGACUGUGACCCACGUACUAGCCUACCUGGAGGCUGUGACAGGACGGGGCUCCCAGGAUGCACGCCUCCAAACACUGGCCUGCAACCUGGACCCCAAUGGGGAGGGCCCUCAGGCCACUGUGGACUUGGACACCUUCCUGGUCGUCAUGCGGGACUGGAUUGCUGCCUGUCAGUUGGAUGGGGGAUUAGAGCUGGAAGAGGAGACAGCCUUCAAGGGGGCCCUGACCUCCCAGCAACCGCCAUCUGGAUGCCCAGAAGCUGAGGAGCCAGCCAACCUGGAGAGCUUUGGAGGCGAAGACCCCAGACCUGAGCUGCCCGCCACAGCUGACCUGCUGAGCAGCCUGGAGGACCUGGAGCUCAGCAACCGCAGGCUGGCCGGGGAGAACGCCAAGCUCCAGCGCAGCGUGGAGACAGCGGAGGAGGGAUCUGCGCGCCUCGGGGAGGAGAUUGCAGCCCUGCGCAAGCAGCUUCGCAGUACCCAGCAGGCUCUGCAGUGUGCCAAGGCUGUGGAUGAGGAGCUGGAGGAUCUGAAGACUCUGGCCAAGAGCCUGGAGGAGCAGAAUCGCAGCCUCCUGGCCCAGGCCCGACAGACGGAAAAGGAACAGCAGCAUCUGGUGGCCGAGAUGGAGACUCUGCAGGAGGAGAACGGGAAACUACUGGCUGAGCGGGACGGAGUGAAGAGGAGAAGUGAGGAGCUGGCCACAGAAAAGGACGCUUUGAAGGUGGAACCUCUUCCUCCUGCCAUUUUUACCAGUUUCAGCCACUCUGGCCUACGGCAGCUCUUUGAGUGUGAACGCCUCAUUUGCCAACGAGAUGCUGUCCUCUCUGAGCGUACUCAACAUGCAGAGAGUCUGGCCAAGACCUUAGAGGAGUACAGAACGAUGACCCAGGAACUGAGGCUGGAAAUCUCACACCUGGAGGAGCAGCUGAGUCAGAUCCAUGAGGGGCCGGAUGAGCUACCGGAAGGGGCCCAGGUGAGAAGAGCGGGCUGGACCCAGGUGCUGCCCCCGUCACUGGGCGUGGAGAUCCAGGCCAUUCGGCAGAAACAAGAAGUGGCAGACUCCGCUCUCUCCAGCCCUCUCUGUGGAGUGUGGCAGUGGGAGGAGGUCAUCAUCGAGACUGAGACAGACGAGGAAGCUGAGUUUCCACCUGAAGCCCCAGCUGGGGCAGAGAGAAACUUCCAGGGAGAGCCAGCGCACCCUCAAGGAGGAAGGAAGGAGCAAUCGAUGUGGUUACCCAGAAGACAGGAAGAGGAGGAAGCAGAGACCCAGGUCAGGGCCAAUCUCCCCAUCCCUCUGGGAGACCCUCACCCUGGAGACAUUCCAGGAAGCCUUCCUGAGAGCCCUGCCAAGCCAGAUCUGCAGCGAGCCCUGGUGCCUGUGGUGAAAGAGCUGGUCCCAGUCAGCAGGCCGGACUGGGGCCAGCUCUGCCUGGCCCCCCUGCACCCCCAGCCGCUCAGGGUCACCCGGCACCCGCUGAUCCCCACUCCAGUCCUGGGGCUGCUGCUGCUGCUGCUUCUCUCUGUCUUGCUGCUGGGCCAGUCCCCACCUCCGACCUGGCCCCACCUUCAGCUCUGCUACCUUCAGCCGCCCCCAGUGUGAGACACCCUGAGUAAGGUCUAGUCAAUGACCGCCCCGGGACUCUUUCUACUGUUAUUACCAUUGUUGUGCCAUCGUUACCUGGGAGCACCCCAGUUCGGGGACCCCAGAUACAGUACUCCAGGAUCCGCACCCCCAUACUGGGUUUUUAGGUGAUGUCUUUUGUUUUGGUUUGGUUUUUUGAUAUUGGUGACUACAUUUCUUAAUAGCAAACAUAUCCAAUAAUGGACUAAAUACUAGGUGGGUAUUUUUCUCAUGAAACAAGUCUGGAGAAGGACAGCUGUGGGCCCACAGCUCAGAGUCUCCACAACUUGGGGGCCAGGAGGGCUGUGAUUCUCUAUGAUUCUCUUGGCCCUUCCCUUUUGCUCAGGAGAUGGCAGGCAUAGCUUCACACGUCGCACCUGCAGGAAGGGUGCACCUUUUUUAAAGAAGAAGCGGUAGCCUUCUCAGGGCCAGCAGCAGACCUGUGUUUAUGUCUCACUGGCCAAAAUCUCUUGUUGUGACCACUCUUAGCUGCAAGAGAGGCUCGGAGACCGAGCACCCUCCUGGCAGACAGAGGGAGAAAGAGAUGUGGGCCGGGCUCACCCCACAGAUGUCCUGUGCGGUGCAAACAGCCCAUGGGAAAUGGACCAGUGUGCCAUUUGUUCACUCAUCACUUCCUGCUCAUUUGUUUGCCACAAUUAGACCUUCGAAGAUAAAGCUGUAGAAAAACAGGCCCUCCAAUGCCAGGCUGGGGAGUGCUGGUUUGCUCCUAAGGAUGAUGGGAGCUCUGGGAGAUUUUAUUGCUUGUUUUUGGUUACUUAUGUUUUAACUGAGACGUAACUUAUGUACACAUAAAUGGAUGUGCUCUCUUUGGCAGCACAUAUACUAAAGUUGGAACCAUACAGAUAAAUGGACAAAAUCUUAAAGUCUCAGGUGCAUGAAUUUUUGCAUAUGUAAACACCCAUGAAAGCAAAAUCUGGGUCAACAUAUAGAACAGUUUCAGCACUGCAGAGGCUUCAUGAGGAGAGUUCUGAGCAAGGGAGGGUCAGAGUCACCCCUAUUUAAAGGCAGAUAGUGAUAGAGGUAACGGUAGGUUCCAUGUGAGCCCACAAAAUGCACUUACGCCCUCCCAGGAGGAUAGAGAAUCUGUCCCAGUUAGGUGGCAUCUGUGUGUAAGUCUUGAAAGAUGAGUAAGGUUUGUUGCAGUGAGCAGGGACCGACCGAAGGUGUCACAGGCAGAGGGAACAGUGUGUGUGCAGACCAGGUGGUGGGAAAGCGCCUCAGUGUGUAGAGAGCUAUAGAAAGCACUAUGUUGCUGGGAUUUUAAAAAAAGGGGGGGAAUUUGGAGCCAGGAAAGAAGCUACAGAGGUGGUGAGGAGAGAGAGAGAGAGGCAAGAGUCCAUGAAGGGUUUUGAACACCAGCCCAAGUGCCCAAGAAAGGGCUGUGAGCAGGGAAAGGGCAGAAUCAAUGAUGGGUGGGGGACAGAGCUUCGAUCCUGCACAGGGGAUGAAUAGAAGUGAGGCUGGAGGCAGGAGGUGGGGAGAAGGCUAGAGCCGUGGUCCAGGCGGCAGAGGACGAAGCCUGAGCUGCACUGGGGAUGUGGAUGGAAAGAAGGGGAAGGGCAGAGAGGCAGAGUGGCAAGGAUGGAGACAGAGACUGAUGGCUGUGAAGGAGGAUGAAGAAGGAAGGGGCAAGGACAGCACGAGGGUCUGACCCAGUGACUGGUAGACAGUGAAGCAUCUCCAAAACAGGAAACCAGGAGGAAGAGUGGGUUUGGGGGAACACCCAGCCCCUGUGGGAUGGGGUGAGUGUCAGGGUUCCAAGAUGUGGCUGGAGCCCUCAGCCUUGAACCCGCAGUCUGGAGAUGGGGGUGUAGGUGUUAUUCCCUGUGGAUGGUGAUUGACAUUUGGGGGAAUUGCUGAAAUUUCCUGGGGAAAAGAGAGGGGAGAGGGGAAGACUUCUAGGCACCAUUUCAUGAAAAGCCUCAAAUGCUAGUCAAGACAUCUAGAGAGGAAGUAAGGUAUGGAAGGAGUGCAGGCCAAGACCCAACCACCAGGCCCUCCAGCCAAAAGCCUGUAAAGCUCCUCCCAGAGUUGUGAGUUUCAAAGAGCCAAUGCGGGUGCAAUAUUUACAGGAGUGCCCGGCAUAUGGUAACUGCCCAUAACUUUAAUCCCAUUUCUCCAUGAGAGUUAUGGAAAGGUCUAGACUUUACAGAUUUGGGUUCCAGUUACCCUUCUGUCCUUUACUGUCGCUGAUAACUUGGGGGAAUUACUCUUGACUUUUAGAGUCUUAUUUGUGAAAUUUGGUCAACCCGGGUUGGUGUUGAGGAGUAUAGUUAUUCAUUCAUUAUUCAAUCUUUCUGAAUCAGAGAAGCAGCCCCACCCCUGCAGUCUAAGGGCCAAUUAGGGCGCGGUCCGCCUCCCAGAAAUAAAUUGUGGGAGAGCUUGCCAGUUACCAAGCGCCAGCCGCGCCCCCUUCCCCGCGAGCCCACGCUCCCAGCCCCGCCCUCUUGUGUAGGCCAAUCAACGCGCGGUCCGCACGAGCCGCGCCCCCGGGACGCGCCUCAGAGCCGUCAGUGCAGCUGAACGAGUAGGUUGCCAUGGUUACCAUUGAGGGUUGGGAUGAAGGGUUGGCCGAGCCUCCGGUGAGAGAGAUGGGAACAGAGAUAGAGACAGAUUGUGAUUGGCUGCUGCUUCGCUUCACCUGAGCCCGCACCCUGUGCCUGUGAAGCCUGACGCCUGGUACCCUCUGCUCUCUCCUCCCGCCCCAACGCGGCGCCCUGAUGAUCUCCCGGGAAGGGCGCAGUCAGAAAACCCUGAACAAACUUCGGGAAGCUGCUGCUAGAGAGGCAGAAACCCGUCUCCAACAAAAGCGCUUUGCUUCGCGGG